AUGGCCGGGCAGCGCGGAGAGCUCUUCAUCGAAGAGCUCUUAGAUUGGAGGGUCGAUUCCUCCGAGCGCGAGUCCCUUUCUGCGCUCGUGCAGAGAGAGGGACUGGAGUCGGCUGGCGAUUUAGCGCAUUUGUUUUGCUCGACGGACGAGGCGGAGCAGUGUGGAGUGCCCACGGCCUGGGCCGUGGCUCGGGACGUGGCGCGGGUGACGCCGUGGCUGGUGCCCGCGCAUGGCAUUUGCGCGGAGGGGCGAUUUGGCGGCGCGGCGGCGGCCGCCGCGCCCGCCGUGAGCGCGGGGGCCGCGGCGGGGAAAGGGCGUGGGCCUACCGCCGCGCGCCGCGGUCGGCCGAGACGCUGUGCCGCAGUGGCGACGGAGGCGGCAGAGCGUGAGGGGCGCGUUCAGCUGGCGGUCAGCGUAGUUCGAGUGUCGCUUGAAUGGCGCCCGGAAAGCGGCCUCGGGCAGGGGUUGCAGGAGGCGCAGGCCGAGAUGCUCGCCGACGUCUCGUCCGCGGCGGUGUUUAGGCUGAGUAAUUUCGAAGCCGGGACGCUGCGCACGGCCUUGCGCGUGUGGGGGCAGUGGGCCGAGUGGGCGGGCCGGCAAGGGCAGCCGGCGACGAGUCUGGCGCGGCAACCCAUGGCAGUCGCCGAGUUCGUGCAUAAGCUCUCGAUCGCACGGACGUCCGGCGUCAGGAUCUGGAACGCCUUGAAGUGGAUGUGCGUACAUUUGAAAGCGCCUUUCUGCCUGGACGAUGCGUUUCGCCCUGUGCCACGUGAUCCAGGCAGUGGAACCGUAGCACCGCCGGCCCAGGCCACUGUCGUCGAACCCGAGAUGAUUUACCAUGUGAUCGAUUUCCUGGAUGGCGCGAGAACGCCUGGGCAAGUCAUGCUCGCGGCUGGGAUGCUGGCGGUGGUAUUCGCGUGGGUGAGGUACACGCACCUGCUGCGCUCUAGGCGGCUAGGUGGCGCGCGGUCCGCCGCUGACGCCUUGUGGGAUGGUUGGCACAAGUUGGCGGCGCGGGAAGAUCGAGCAGGAAGGGCUGUGCCGACGGGGCUCGUCUUCGAUCCAGUUUCCGGCGCGCCGGUGAAGUUGGGUGCCUUUAACCGAUCGCUGAAGGAAGUAUUCCGAGGCUCGCUAGCGGACGAUUCCCAGUUGGAUCUUGUGACUUCGUACAGUUUGCGCCGGGCUGGGCCUACAUGGGCGAGCGCGAUACAAUUGGACUGGGAAGCCCGAGUCAUCUCGGGCGGUUGGACGGAGGGGGGAGACAACUCCCGUCGGAACCAGAUGCCGAUCGUGUAUAAUGCGCGUCGGCGGCAAGCCGAGAUGUGCACGCGCCUGCACAUGGCCGGAGUGUUGUCGUGCCUGCGGACCGAUCUGGAGGCCCCAGUGCAGUGGGAGCAAGUGCGAUGCUGGGCGAGUUCUGCGCCAGGAAAAGUAAUGUUGGCCGACCUAGAGAAAGAGGCGCAGCAGCGGGUGGCGGUGUCGACCGUUCGUGAGAAGGCCGCGUUCUUGCCCCCGUCGGUCGUCGAGGAGUUGAGGCGGCAGAAGUUUCUCCGGAUAAUCGUGGGCGAACCGCGGGUCGAUCGCGCGGCCCAGCGGUAUUGUGCCCGGGCGUGGGCGGCAUUGGAGGCUGUCUCCAUCCCCAGGUCCAGGGGAGAUGAAGUGUCGGUGCGGCCGGGAGACGCAACCCGUGCAGGCCCGGCCGCGUUCCAAGCGCGGGGAGUUGACUGCGCCGGUCGCGCGGUGACCGUGCUUCCAGGUGACGAGGCAGCGCAGGGCGCGGAGUUGGGUGAAUGUGACGUAAAGGGCUCAGAUGGCGCGCCAGCGCACUGCGCGCCGCCAGUCAGGCAGGUGGUGACGUCAUCGCGGCGGAGACGCGCGGAGUUGCGCGUGGGCCUGCCAGCGAAUGCCAACUUAACGGAUGCGUAUGCGCGCCCCGAGGUGGGCUCGAACGCGCUGGCCGCGAAGUAUCAGUUUGAUGAGCGCAUCGCCACCCACCUGGUCGAAACCGUGGGUCUAGAGACGUUGGUCGAUUUCGCGCAUGCCGUCACGAGCGAGAACGAGUGGGCGCCGAUCCUCGAGCGCGUGCCGGAUCUCGAGAGGAGGCUGGGACAGCUGUCCCGCGUGCGCCAGGACAUCGCGAAGAACAACCUCGGUGAGUCGUUCUACCGCCCUUGGGUGCCGUUCGUGACCACGAUCUUCCUCUUCAUCUUCGGCUCCAACUGGUCUGGGGCGCUGGUGCCGUGGAAGCUGCUGGAGCUCCCGGAGGGCGAGCUCGCGGCGCCCACCAACAACAUCAACACCACCGUGGCGCUGAGCUUGCUGACCUCCAUCGCCUACUUCGGCGGCGGCUUGGUGAAGAAGGGCCUCGGGUACUUCGCACGGUACGUCAAGCCCACGCCAAUCUUGUUGCCAAUCAAUAUCUUGGAGGAGCGGUUGCGAUAUUCGCCUUCGGUUCAGCCAGAGGGUCGUGCGCCGAAGCGGACUUCACCAAGCCGCUCAGCCUGAGCUUCAGGC